AAGCGACUUUGGAUUGAAGAAGGCGCUCAUGCUCUGGCCUAUAUCGCUCUAUCGAAGCCUCUAGUUUCUCAGGUCCUAUUUUUGAUGUAUCAUUACUUUGCUGCAACUGAGAUAUAUAAUGUGAUCCGUGUCUUUAUUGCUGCAUAUGUUUGGAUGAUUGGAUUUGGCAACUUUUCCUACUAUUACAUCAGAAAAGAUUUUAGUCUUGCACGUUUUACUCAGGUGAUUUUUUUUUUAUUUCAUUUCCAUUUAAUGAGGUAUACCGAUCCUGCAAAGCCAGAUCUCUCUCGGCUGCAUGAGUGGCAUUUCAGAUCUGGACUUGAUCGUUAUAUAUGGAUCAUUGGAAUGAUAUAUGCAUAUUGUCAUCCAAAUGUUGAGAAGUGGAUGGAAAAAUUGGAGGAAACAGAAACCAAGAAGAGAGUUUCAAUCAAAGGGAUUGUAGUUGCUGUUUCCGUAUUUGUUGGUUAUUUAUGGUUCGAGUACAUUUACAAGCUCGACAAGGUUUCAUAUAACAAGUUCCAUCCCUACACCUCAUGGAUCCCUAUAACGUGCGUGUUAUACAUGAGGUUAUAUAAGUUUGCGGAACUUCACCCAGCAGUUCCGAAAUUUCUCCAUAUAAAUUGUCUAACCCUUAAAAAGGCUCAAACAUCAGGAUCAUUUAUUCUUCUAAUUUUUUUAACGUUAUACUUUUGACAAUUUAUAUGUAGAUGGCUUGGAAAGGUUACUCUUGAAACCUACAUUUCUCAGUUCCACAUCUGGUUGAGGUACUUCCUACUAUAUAAAGUUUCUUCGGAGUAUACCACAUGAUCCAGUGAUGACAGAUUCGAGUUCGACUACAAAAUUUUAGAAGUGUUUUUUUUUAUUUUUUAUUUUGUGGUGUACUACUUUUAUAUAUUAGCUUAACUUUUUAGUUAAUAUUUUAGAAAUGUUUUGUAUUGCACUUAAUUACUAAUUACUAAUG